AUGGAUGCCUACGAGAAGCUGGAAAAGAUCGGGGAAGGGGCUUACGGCACGGUGUACAAGGCGAAGAUCAUUCGAACGGGGGAGGUGGUGGCGCUGAAGAAGGUCAAGCUGCAGGAGCAGGAUGAGGGCGUGUCUUCCACCACAAUGCGAGAAAUCUCGCUCCUUCGAGAGCUAUGCCGCCACCCUUGCGUGGUAUCCCUGCACGACAUCCAGUACGCCACCACCGAUGUCUUGUACAUGGUCUUCGAGUACAUGGACCAGGACCUGAAGAAAUACCUCGACGGCCUCGCCAGAAAGGGGCAGCAGCUAUCGCCCCAGAUCAUCAAGUCGUAUCUCUACCAACUGCUCCACGCCGUGAGGUUUUGCCACAGCAACCGCAUCCUCCACAGGGACCUGAAGCCGCAGAACAUCCUGAUUGACGCGGAGGGGAACCUCAAGCUGGCGGACUUCGGCUUGGCGCGGGUGUUCACCGUCUCCAAAAGGCAGUACACCCACGAGGUGGUGACGCUCUGGUACCGGCCUCCGGAAAUCCUUCUGGGCUGCGACUACUACGGCACCUCCGCGGACAUCUGGUCCGUGGGUUGCAUCCUCGCAGAACUCAGCAACUUGGACGUCCUGUUCCGGGGUAACUCCGAGAUCGACCAACUCUUUAAGAUUUUCCAGUCGCUGGGCACGCCGGGGGAGAGCGUGUGGCAGGGAGUGACGUCAAUGACAAACUACUCGACCGCGUUCCCGAGGUUCGUGGCGAAGGAUAUCAGGAGAAGAGUCCCCAGGAUGGAAGCCGAGGGCGCGGAGCUGCUGAGGCAGAUGCUCGUGUACGAGCCGGGCUCCCGCAUCACGUGCGCGCAAGCGCUGCAGCUGCCGUACUUCCUGUCCGUGAACCCUCGCACCGCGAUGCACGUCGCCGGCCAGCGCUCGGCGCCCUCCCCGCCAUGA